AUGGCCACCAGCUCCACAGCCACCGCCUCGCUGCACCUCCUCCUCCCGGCCUCCCGCCGCCGCCGCCACUUCGUGCCUCGGGCCGCCCACUCCGAGUCCACCCCGCCCCCUGCCGCCUCCGUCGACCGCCGCCGCUUCAUUGCCCACACUGCCGCCGCGGCCGCCGUCUCGCCUCUCGUCUUGCCCCGCUGGACCCCCGCGGCGCGCGCGGACGACGCGCCGGCGCUCUCCGAGUGGGAGCGCGUCUUCCUGCCCAUCGACCCCGGCGUCGUCCUCCUCGACAUCGCCUUCGUCCCCGACGACCCAUCCCAUGAAGACGAAGAUUUCAACUACAGGUUCAACUCAGUAAGCUUCAAGGGCAAAGAGGGAUGGAUUAUCGGCAAGCCUGCAAUUCUGCUGCACACUUCUGAUGCUGGCGAGAGCUGGGAAAGAAUACCCUUGAGUGCCCAACUUCCUGGGAACAUGAUAACUGAAGACUUUGAGGAGGCGCAGGUGCAGAGCCGGGGGUUCGGGAUCCUUGACGUGGGCUAUCGCUCACAGGAGGCGGCCUGGGCUGCUGGUGGCAGCGGCGUGUUGCUGAAGACCACAAACGGAGGGAAGAACUGGGUGUGCGACAAGGCUGCCGACAACAUCGCCGCCAGCCUGUACUCCGUCAAAUUCCUUGAUGACAGCAAAGGCUUCGUGCUGGGCAACGACGGCGUGUUGCUUCGAUAUCUUGGCUGA